GAGCCGGCCUUCCCUGCCCAGGGCCUCUUCCGGGUUCUGGUGGAGCCUUCAGAGUGAUGCUGCUGCAGGGAGUCAAGGUGGACAUGAGAUCCGUCAUCCUCCUCGUCGUCCUGGGCUGCCUGCUGCCAUGGGAGGCCCAGCCGCACAGACCGGGCUCUGCUGCCCACAGCUGCUUCUGCCAGGUUGCCGGCUACCUGGACGAUUGCACGUGCGAUGUGGAGACCAUAGACCAGUUCAAUAACCAGAAGCUGUUUCCCAAAUUGCAAAAACUACUGGAAACCGACUAUUUCCGAUACUACAAGGCGAAUCUGAAGAAGCCGUGUCCGUUCUGGAAGGAUAACAGCCAUUGUGGGAUCAGAGACUGCGCGGUGCAACCUUGUCCUACGGAUGCGGUUCCACCCGGCAUAAAAUCUCCAGGAUUUAAGUAUACAGAAACUGCUAACAUGGGCAAUGGUGAACUGGAGUGUGAGAAGGAGAAGAGACUGGGGGCCGUGGAUGAAUCCUUGAGUGAAGCGGCCCAGGAGGCGUUCUUUCAGUGGAAUCAACACGACGACUCCGCAGAUGAUAACUUCUGUGAGCACGAUGAUGAGGAGUCGCCUGAUGCGGAAUAUGUCGACUUGCUGAUUAAUCCUGAACGUUACACCGGUUACAAGGGAGCCGACGCCUGGAAGAUCUGGAACAGUAUCUACGAGGAAAACUGUUUCAAGCCCAAAGCAGUGAAACGGCCCUUGAAUCCUCUGGCGUCUGGACGAGGUGAAAAUGACGAGGUCCUGUUCUACAGCUGGUUGGAAGGCCUGUGUGUGGAGAAGAGGGCUUUCUACAGACUCAUCUCAGGACUUCAUGCCAGCAUCAAUAUUCAUCUCAGUGCAAGAUAUCUGCUGCAAGACACGUGGAUGAAUAAAAUCUGGGGCCACAAUAUCACAGAAUUCCAGACCCGCUUUGAUGCCGUUCACACCCAGAACGAAGGCCCGAGGCGACUGAAGAACUUGUACUUUAUUUAUCUCAUUGAGCUUCGAGCCAUUUCCAAGGUGCUGCCCUUCUUCGAGCGCCAGUCUUAUCUGCUGUACACAGGAAACAAAACGCUAGACCUGCAAACCAAGGAACUCCUGCUCGACAUUCUCCGCGAAGCCAAGGAUUUUCCUCUGCACUUCGAUGAAAACUCCCUUUUUGCUGGGGAUAAAAAACAAGCCGACAGAUUGAAGGAGGAAUUCCGGCAGCACUUCCGUAACAUCUCUAGGAUAAUGGACUGCGUCGGCUGCUUUAAGUGUCGGCUUUGGGGGAAGCUGCAGACUGAGGGGUUGGGCACAGCGCUGAAAAUCCUUUUCUCAGAAAAACAAAUCCAGAGAAUGCCGGAGAUCGGCCCUUCGUACGGAUUCCACUUAAAGCGUCAGGAAAUUGUGGCUCUUCUCAAUGCUUUCGGAAGAAUUUCUACAAGUAUAAAAGAAUUGGAAAACUUCAAAAGACUUCUGCAGAACGUGUGACGAGAAGGGAAGAGGAUCUGGCAGGACAGACGUUUGCACUAUCGAGGCCCCGACAUGUUUGACAAUAACUCUUGGUCAAAGUCUGAGAAUCUUACAUUCUCACUGUGAAAACUGGUCCUUGAAGGACCUUCCUGUGUAUAUUGUAAAAAAAAAAAAAAAAAAAAAAAAAAAACGCUUCCGAUUUUCUAUUUAGUGUGACUUUUAGCUGCACUUCCACUGAAUCUCCUGAUAAAGCGCUGAUUGCCUUUUUCACGUUAGGAUAGGUUUUUCUAUCCUAAAAAGUUGCGCCCAAUAUACCUCAUCCCUUUCUGUCCACUAUCCAGUCUUUAAAGGAGUUGUCGGAGUUAAGUAAAAACUAGGGCAACCCCUGUAAAUGGCCUAAAAUGACAAAUGAUCGGAUACUCGCCUGUUUCUUCCAGCGCUGUGCUCCGGUCCUCCCGCUGCUGAUGUCAUCCCCUUGGCUGCAGCAGUGACGUUCCGUGCACAAGUCACCACUGCAGACAAUUGCUGGAUCCAGCCGUGCAUGGGCUGAUGCCAGUGAUUGGCUGCAGCAGUGACUUGUGCACUGAAUGUCGCUGCUGCAGCCAAGAGGAUGACAUUCGCAGUGGUGAGGACCACAGCACAAAGAGAUGCAGAGGAGGAAACAGACGAGUAUCCAUUCUUUUAUUUUAGGCAGUUUGGGUUACCUUAGUCUUUAUAUAAUCCGGACUAAUCCUUUGUCUUGUCUGCACCCUAUAUAUCCUGUAGUUUCCAACCCUGAUAUUAUUGAUCGUACAUUAACCAACAUUGGUUACAAAUGCUACUGCUUAGGUAUAAAAUUAACCCCAGAGCGCUGGCCUAUAGCAAACGACAUGGUUCGUGCAGCCUACUGGUAUGACGCAGAGCAGCCCUAUUGAAUGUUUGGUUUUUUGCUUUGUUACAAAGACAUAACUUGACUUUUUAUUUUCUGUACAUUUGUUCUCCCUGUGGAGGUUUUGGGGAGAGAUUGAAGGUGUUGUACAUACUACUGGUACUCAGGGACCACUAACCGUUCACAUUCUUAUUGUACUCAGUUUCUGUGCAGUUAAAACAAAAAAAAAAAUUGCAUGAUUUUUGCAAUGUUUUACUUGGAAUUAGAUCGGUGUGUGCUAAUGCCUCCAUCUAGUGGUAAACCUGUGAUACUGCAUUCCUGCUGCUCUCGCGUGCAGUGCCAUGGAUUCACCACCAGAUGGCAGGGGCACUUCAGAACAAAGUUCACAAAUGCUUAAUUACCUAUUAGUGUCUGCAUGUAACUUUAUUUUCUUUUUUUUUUUUUUUUUUUUUUUUUAACAUUUAUUUUUUUUUCUUGUCCAUUCCAAUGUCCUCCUUCAGAGCUGUGUCUUAAGAUCUCUGAACGUAGUAUUUGUAGUACGUGCCAUUUGAUUGCUGUCGGACUUGAAUUUUUUGCAGCUAAUACAGAAUGCCUCUUAAGAAUGAGAACAGGGAAGCUUUGUCUAACAUACAAAGCAGAUCACAUGCAGUCAUUUUGUACUCUUUUCACUAUAGAUGUAGCAGAGCAGAGUUUGCCCUGAUUUGCAUAGGGCUGCAGCUAAACUGUUACAUUCUCUAGAGACCUUCAGGGCCGUGAACCUAAAAAGCAGCCCCCAGAGACCUUUUCAACCCUGCUACAUUUGUAGAUUUCAGAGCUGAUUCUAUAUAGGAAGCUUAUGUCCCACUUUCAAGCAGCUGUCAUUCCCUUAGCUUCAGGCUGAGAUCAUCAUAUUUGACCACCAUGCUUUAUACUGCGGGUGGAAUUUAUUAAAGGAUCCACGUCAGUUUUCUGCCACAGAAAAAUUCCAAAAAUGUGUGACUUCUCCCAUUUUGUGCAAUGCUUACUACUUUACCUGGGCCACCAGAUUGACAUUUGCUAGUUUUAUGAUGCAAGCUGCUUUCUAUCCUGCGUAGAUUUCAGAUUCUGGUGCAUGGGCCUGCUGAGGUGCACCAAAAUGAUUUAGCGGCGUGCAUCUUUUGAUAAAUUCCUCCUUUGUAAUUCAUAACUGUAUGAUCCCAAACCAGCCUUUUUCCCUAUACUAGUGGUCUCCAGCUGUUUUAAAACUACAACUCCCAGCAGUUAACUAUUGAUUUAGAUCUGAGUGGAGUAGAGCAUUAAUGAGCAGUUUCCUUAAAGGGUCCUUACCUUGACACAUUGCAUGGCUUCCUAAAAACAUGGAUUUUAGACUAGGCAUCCUCAAACUGCGGCCCUCCAGCUGUUGCAAAACUAAAACUCCCAGCAUGCCCGAACAGCCUACAGCAGGGCAUUGUGGGAGUUGUAGUUUUACAACAGCUGGAGGGCCGCAGUUUGAGGAUGCCCGUUUUAGACCCUCAUACCGGAACAGUUCCCUUCUUGAACGCGGUCUCAUGCCCUCAGAAUAUUAUAAGAACCCACGGCCGAAGGACUGUCUAUUCUAAUUAUACAGCCAUAUACGACAGUCCAGGCUCCAUGAUGCCUCAGCGUGGCGCAGAGCAUCUGCUAUCCCAGGUACCGCAACCACCUCAUGUCACCGCGUUCUGUCUCUAGAUUGCAAGCUCCUGUAAUCAGAACAGUCGGCACCAUUUUGUACUUGUAUGUUAUGUUUGUGUAUUUAUUAACCCCUUCCUCUCCAGCUGUACAGAACUUUUUGCGAUGUUGGCACAUUGUAAUAAAUUUUAUGUCUGUAACAUUAA